AUGGCAGACAAGAUCUCAAUCACCAUCUGCGGCGAUGGAGGAUGCGAGGAUGCAUAUUCGGUCACGCGCAAUAUCGACGGUCUUCCCUACUUCUUAUCCAUCACCGACACCGCUGGUCAGGAGGAAUAUCGAGGACUAUGGACGGCCACCACCCUCAAAUCCGAUGCCUUUCUACUAGUCUACGAUAUUACAAACCCCUCCAGUCUGGAAACUUUGGAUCACUUUCUGGAGUUGAUCAACCUGGAGGCGGAACAGCGGCUGGAAGAUAAUGAACUAUUGCGCAAGAAACUUGGGCCCAGUGCUGGACCCGGGGUGGGCAUGCCGCCGCCCGUCAAGAUUCUCGCUGGGAACAAAUGCGAUUUGAAGGACGGCCGCGCUAUCUCCUCGCGUGAUGGACUUGAGUAUGCGCGCCGACAUGAUUGUGGAUUUAUGGAGACGAGUGCGCGGGAGAUGGUCAAUAUUGAAGAGACUUUUGCUCAUUUGGUCCGUCGCGUGGUGGAAUCCCGACGGGUCCAUUCGCAGGGCGCCUUAGCUCGGCCCCCAUCUCGGGCAGGCCAGUCAGCACAUACGACGGCUCUGCCUCAAACCACGAGGGAUGCGAGUACGAAGCGCAAGACACGUUACCGGCGAUUUUUCGGAAUUGGCAAGAGUAAAGGUAAAUUGGUUGACCCGGACCUUGAUGAGAAAGUUAGGAAAGACAGUAAAGAUAGUCCAGCCACUCAAGAGGCAGAUGGGGAAGCUCAGGGAUGUUUGAUCCGGAGGCUGUGCUGUGGCUGUUGCUGA